UUCAUACUUCAUACUUCACAUUCACAUUCCAUCGAGUAGAGCUUUCCUUCAAUUAAGUCGAGUCUGUGUAUACUUCAUAAAGACAAUGGCUUGAAAAGUUAAAAGACCUUUGUUUCAUUAGACGCGAACUCGAUUAUUUGAAAUGACACAAUGAAGGCCAGACGCUUACCCAUGAAUGAGGUCAUUACGCCGCAUCGUCGAAACUUCUGUGUAUGCUUUGUCGACGACGACCCUUGCGGCAAACCAUUGUCAAAUAGUCAAGUUAGGAACUAUCAGGGAUACUUACACUGCCAAUAUUCUAUUAGGAGGUUACUUAAAAAUCAGAGAACUGCGAAUUGCCUGCAAACUGUUCGACGAAAUUCCUCAAAAAGACACUGUUUCUUGGAAUUCAUUAAUAGCUGGUUACGUGAACUAUGGAGAUCUUGAGAGUGCUUGGGAGGUUCUAAUACGUAUGAAACGUUGUGGGUUUUGCUUUGAUGGUUACACAUUUGGUAGUAUACUCAAGGGUAUUGCUUCUGAUGAUUGUCUCUUUGCUGGGCAACAAUUGCAUGCGAAUAUCAUUAAGACGGGGUAUGAUGAAAAUGUGUACUCAGGAAGUGCUCUUUUGGACAUGUAUGCAAAAUGUGGCGGAGUGGUGGAUGCACGUAAGUGUUUCAAUUGCAUCCCUAACCCUAAUUCGGUGUCAUGGAAUGCUCUGAUUUCAGGGUAUGUUGAAACUGGUGACCAUGUGAAUUCUUUUCAGCUAUUCAAAUCGAUGCAUAGGGAAGGUGUGAGGCUUGAUGAUGGUACCUUUUCUCCAAUUCUAACAUUGUUUGAUAAACCUGAGUUCCAUGAGCUAACAAUGCAGGUCCACUGUGCGAUCAUAAAACAUGGUAUGGAAUCUGAUAGCUCUGUACUCAAUGCUACAAUCAGUGCUUACUCCAAGUGUGGGUCAAUCAAAGAUGCCAAAGGGGUAUUUGAUGGUGGAGAUGACUUUUGGGACAUUGUCUCUUGGAAUGCCAUGCUGGCAGCUUGCUUGGAACAUGAUGAACGAGUCCUUGCAUUUAAUCUUUUUUCCAAGAUGCAAAUAUUAGGAUUUGAACCCGACAUUUAUACAUACACUAGCAUGAUAAGUUCUUGCUUCGAAGAAGAAAUCCGAAAUCAAGGACAAUCUUUACAUGCAUUGGUAAUCAAAAGGGGAGUCGAACAUCUGACACCAAUUUCAAAUUCAUUGAUGGCUAUGUUUAGUGGACCUCCUGGCAACUAUAUGGAAUAUGCAAUAAGAAUAUUCAAGCACAUGGAGUUCAAAGACCGAGUUUCUUGGAAUUCAAUGUUAACAGGACUUUCACAACAUGGGUUUAGUGAGAAUGCCUUGAAACUUUUUCAGAUAAUGCAAUCUGGAAACCUAGAGAUGGAUUAUUAUGCAUUUUCUGCAGUCCUUAGAUCUUGUGCAGAUGUGGCAACCUUACAAUUGGGUCAACAAAUCCAUGGUUUGACCAUAAGAUCAGGUUUUGAGUCUAAUGAAUUUGUAACUAGCUCUUUGGUAGUCAUGUACUCUAAGUGUGGGAUCAUUGAGGAUGCUAGAAGAUCCUUUGAAACUUCCCAUAAACAAAACUCAGUUACAUGGAACUCGAUGAUGUUUGCAUAUGCCCAAGAUGGUCAAGGUCAUGUUGCAUUGGAUCUUUUCUCUCAAAUGAGGGAAAGAAAAGUGAAAGUGGAUCAUAUAACUUUUGUUGCAGUUCUAACUGCAUGUAGCCACAUUGGUUUAGUUGAAGAAGGAUAUGAGUUUUUAAAAAAUAUGGAAUCUGAUUAUGGGAUUUCACCUCGAAUGGAACAUUAUGCUUGUGUGGUUGAUCUACUGGGACGUGCUGCACGUCUCAAAGAGGCAAAACAGGUGGUAGGGUCAAUGCCAUUUCAACCUAAUGCAAUGGUAUGGAAGACUUUAUUGGGGGCUUGUAGAUUGUGUGGUGAUGUUGAAUUAGCAAUGGAAGUGGGAAACUUUUUAUUGAAAUCGGAACCUUAUGAACAUUGCACUUAUGUUCUUCUAUGUGACUUGUAUGGACAUCUUAGGCGAUGGGAUGAAGUUGCUGUUUUAAAGAGAAUUAUGAAAGAGAAAGGGGUGAAGAAGGUACCAGGUUGGAGUUGGAUAGAAGUUCAGAAUCAGUUGCAUGCCUUUAAUGCUGAUGAUCAUUCACACACUCAAAACCAGGAGAUAUUCCAAAUGUUGACAAAAUUAACCAAUGAUAUUGCAAGUUUGAAGAUUUUUUAUGAUCUAGAUACUUUGAUGCAUGAUUGUGAUUGUGUUAUUAUGAAUAGAAGCCCUACCAUGCUUCAAGAUUCAGAAGCUUCAUUUUCUAUGGAAUGCUAUUAAGUUGCUACAAUCUUGACCACCGGAAGACUCUUUGAGAUCUAAAUCAGGUACUUCAUAUAUUUUCUACAUACGAGUUUUUAAAAGUUUGUUAAAUUUUGAGAUCUUAAUCGGGUACAUAUUGAUAUUGUUGCUCAAUCUUUGUGUUUAUGUCCUCUGAAAUUUAUAAUCUUAUAAAAUUUGGGGUUUAUUGUCGAAGGUAUAGGUUGCCAAAGUAUGGUAGAACUAGGUGUGGAUUCUGUUAGCUAUUUCUAAGAUUAUCUGUGUUUAUUAUCGCCAUUUUGUUUUAGUAUUGAAGUAAAAGUGUUGUAGGGUUAUUAGCUGACUAGUUAAGGCCAUAUAAUAAUCUAUUUACAAAUUUUUCUUUACCAAUAUAAUAAUUAUAUAUGAAUAAUUUAUUUGGCUAUAGUUGUGUAAUAAUAUAAUUUAUAAAGUUAUUGUAAUGCAAAAUAUGUAAGACAAAUUUGUAACGCAAAAAAAAAUAUAAGGUGUGUUUUGAAAAUCUAUAUAAGUUACAAAUAAAGAAUAUACUUUUUGUUGUUAAAGAUGGUGUAUUUGGCUGUAUGAAACUAUCACUGUUUACAUAUACCUUUCAAAAGUGCCCUCUGUCUCUGUGUGAAGAUAUAUAGAAGCAGAGUGUCACCAUAGCAUGAAGAAACAAAGUUUACAACAACUCUAAGAAUAUCUUUAAAAUACAAUUAGUAAUGGUAACUAUCACUUAAGGUAUAAAAUAUGCAUAAAGAAGUUGUUAGUGGAUGCUCAAUAGUGGAGAUUAUGGGAUUGCCAAUUUGCCAUUGCCUACCACCUCCACCAUAAGGUUUAGUUUACUGUGAUUCAUGAACUUCUUGGAGAUUCAUAUAUAUUUUAUACAACCUGAUACUAAUCCAUGAAUUUUUUAACAAUAUUAAAACCAUUAGUGAUUCAGUUUAUGCAGAUUUUUAUCUUACAAGUUGCAGGUUUACCGUAAUUUGCAGCCGCCAUACAUCACAGCACUAUAUAUAUAGUAUAUAGUUUCAGAUGCUUUGUC